AUGCAGACCGACGACGAUCCGAUCGCCGUGGUCGGCUUCUCGUUGAGAUUCCCUCAAGAUGCUGACUCGACCGAGUCCUUCUGGGAAAUGCUCAGUCAGGGCAAAAACGCCAUGACCGACUUUCCGUCCACGAAAUUUAACAUCGACGCGUUCCAUGGACGCAAAGGGGCAAUGAACGGCACGAUGCCGCUUCGUGGAGGCCAUUUCCUUAAUGGCGACUUAGGCCUCUUUGACGCCCCUUUCUUCUCCAUCACCCCGGCCGAGGCCGAAGCCAUGGACCCCCAACAGCGCAUCAUGUUGGAGACGUCAUAUCGCGCGUUAGAAAAUAGCGGGAUUCCCAUCACGCGGUGUCGCGGGAGUAGGACGUCCGUGUAUACCGCUACCUUCACGGAUGACUAUAAGAGCGUGCUGAUGGAUGCGCCUGAUAACCUGCCCCAAUGUGCCGCGACGGGCCUGUCGGGUUCGAUGCUGGCCAAUCGCAUCAGCUGGUUCUACGAUUUCAAGGGUCCGAGCAUGAAUCUUGACUCGGCGUGUUCGAGCAGUUUGAGUGCGCUUCAUAUCGCGUGUGGCGAUUUACAUAACGGGACUUCGCAAAUGGCCCUCGUCGGCGGCUGCAACCUCGUCUUCCACCCUGACUUCAUGCUCAUCAUGUCCAACAUGGGCUUCCUAUCUAGCGACAGCCGGUGUCAGAGCUUCGACCAUAAAGCCAACGGCUACGCGCGCGGCGACGGGUUCGGGGUCGUCGUACUAAAAAAGCUCUCCGCCGCGGUGAAAGACGGCGACACCAUUCGCGCCGUGAUCCGCGCCACAGGACUGAACCAGGACGGCCGCACGCCCGGUGGUAUCACACAACCCAGCGGCGUGGCGCAACAGGCGCUGAUCGAGGAGACGUUUGCGCGCGCGCGAUUAGACAUGCGGCCAGUGCGGUUUUUCGAGGCACAUGGUACCGGCACGGCGCUGGGGGACCCGACGGAGGCGGGGGCAAUUGGGAGGUCGUUUAGGGAAUUCCGGUCGGACGAGGAGCCGUUGUAUGUCGGGGCUGUGAAAUCGAAUAUCGGCCAUUUGGAAGGAGGGAGUGGCAUGGCGGGCUUGUUGAAGACGAUUCUCAUGCUGGAGAGGGGUGUGAUUUUGCCGAAUGCAGGACUGGAGAAGGUCAAUCCGAGGAUCGAUACGAAGAAUUUGAGGAUUCGGUUCCCUACGGUCUCGAUGCCAUGGCCGGAUUCAGGCCUGAGACGUGCUUGCGUCAACUCCUUUGGAUUUGGAGGUUCCAACGCCGUGGUCGUUCUUGACGACGCCCUGCAUUACCUAGAAGAGCGUGGGAUUGACGGGCUCCAUCGCACGACAGAUAUGGAAGACAUUGAGUACGAACGUCCACUCAAGAAACCCCGUCUAGAAGGCCCGUCACGAUCAAUGGACGCAGUUCAACCGCCGCAACUAAUGGUUUGGUCUGCGGCCGACGAAACGACACUCAACACGAUGCUGGAUUCAUUCAAUGACUUCGUGCGUCCCGGAAAGAGACAAGCAUCUCCGUCAUCGCUCAUCCCAGAAAUGGCAUAUACGCUAACCGCCAAACGAACGAAUUACGCCUGGCGCUCAUACGCAGUUACAGAUAAUAGCGAGGAUCUCGGAUCGCUGGAGAAAUGGAGCGCGAAGCCGACGAAAGCGAACAGCGAACCGGGAUCGCUCGCUUUCGUCUUCACGGGUCAGGGCGCACAGUAUCCGAAGAUGGGGCAUGGGUUGCUGGCAUUCCCGUUCUUCCAAUCGCGGUUGACGGAAAUCGAGAAGAUUCUGCAUGGCCUGGGAUAUGGCUGCUCUUUGCGAGAAUUCCUCUCGAAUCCCUCGUCUCCGAUGAAUGAACCGGAACACAGUCAGACGGUGACGACUGCAAUUCAGAUUGCGAUAGUCGACUUCCUGAAGUCUGUGAACGUCGUCCCGGCCGCCGUUGUAGGCCACUCGUCUGGGGAGAUUGCGGCAGCUUACUGUGCAGGUGUUAUCAGCGACGUAACAGCACUGACAAUUGCCUUCCACCGAGGUCGCAUUGCGCAGAAACUCCCUAAACUUCACUCCGCGUCACAGGGCAUGCUUGCGGUGGCCAUGAGUGAGCCAGAUAUCAAACCCUUCAUCGACCGGCUGAGCGAGUACACCGAGACGCCUCGAGUCCAGAUCGGCUGCCACAACAGUCCCCAGAGUCUCACGCUAACCGGAGACGCCGACCAGCUUGCGCUCAUCCAAGAUUGGCUCGAAGAGGGCAAGCAUUUCUGUCGCAAGCUUCGAGUCAACGUUGCAUAUCAUUCCGUUUUCAUGGAAGCCGUUAAAGAGGAAUACCGACUCGCACUGAGCCAUAUCGACAGGGACCCCGUGCAGCACGAUCUAAUCCCUAUGAUCUCCAGCGUGACAGGCACUAUCGCCCGGCCACGCAUGCUGUGUGAUCCUGACUACUGGGUGCAGAAUCUCGUCUCACAAGUCCGGUUCUCGCCAGCGGUGUCUCUUCUGGCCGUUCAAUCGGGCAAACCACCGCGAAUACAACUUACCUCCAGGAAACCGCAGACGCUAUCCGGCAUCAACAUGCUUGUUGAGAUCGGCCCCCACUCCACCCUACAGGGCCCGUUGAAGGAGAUUCUCACCAAGGCGCGCGCUCAGGAUCGUCUCAACUAUACGGCGACCUUGAACCGUCAGAAAGAUGCAUCAAGAGCGAUCUUGGAAGCUGUCGGGCGCCUUUGGGGUUUCGGUUAUCCGGUCAAUCUACUCAAAGCUAAUGGCAUCGACAAUGCAACACCAAGGCCUGUGCGGACAGAUCUCCCGGAAUACCCGUUCAAUCACUCUAAGAGUUACUGGUUUGAAGAUCGACAGAGCUCUGCAUUCCGAUUCAGAAAGCAUCUUCCACACGAGCUUCUGGGUACAUUGACGGUAGAUUCCACCGCCCAGGAUUCGCGCUGGCGUAACAUCAUUGACCUAGAGAAACUUCCGUGGCUGGAGGAUCAUCAGAUCAGCGGCGACAUCCUUCUCCCUGGUGCAGCGAUGCUCUCUAUGGCGAUCGAAGGCGUUCGACAACUUUACAGCAGCAGCGACAUCACCAUCACCGGCUUCGACAUCCGCGACGUCCACUUCCUCAACGCCCUCCAAGUCCCACCCGCCAGCCCAGGAAUCGAAACCCAAGUAUCCUUGACCAAGCAAGAAACUAGAAACCCCCAUGCUCAACCCUGGUACAAAUUUCGAAUCCUCACCUAUACGUCCGAAUGGCUGGAACACUGCCGUGGUUCCAUUCGACCGCAAGUACAGGCAAUCGAUCCAGCACGAUACAACGCGGAGCUCCUAUCCAUUAUUCGAAGUUGCACCGAAGACGCACAAAUCACCCGCGUCUACAACUCCAUUCGUGACAACGGCGUCAACUACGGCCCCAUCUUCCAAACUUUGAGCGACGUGCGGAUCGACAAAAACGGCGCCGCCGUGGCGCAAGUUCGACCAUUUUCCAAUGACGCGCGGAUCAUUGAGUCGGCGAACGUCGAUCUCAAACCAUAUGUCAUGCAUCCAUCGGUCCUGGAUGGACUAUUCCAACUGGUCUUCCCGGCUCUGAAUGAGGGAGGCGCGCGCGACAUCCCGGCCAUGGUGCCCUCUUAUGUCCGGAAGCUGUUCAUCUCUGCGGACGCCUCUUCGUCUGGGCAGAGUGCGCCACUGCGAGCGAGUACUCGAUCUGCACUGAACGGUUUCCGCGGGACCCAAUCAAAUGUCGUCGUGAUGUCGGAAGGAGGCGAUAAAGUGCUGUCGUAUAUGGACGGAUAUCAGACGACGUUCGUCUCGCAGGCCGAGGGCCUGGAAUCGUCCGAUGACAAGGACAGGCACCUACUAAGCUAUUUGAAAUGGCAGCCAGAUGUCACGUUGAUGGACAACGAGCAACUUGCACAGCUUUGCGCACAAGCAACGCCGAAGCCUGAUUCUACUCUCUCUGGAUUUGAUAGUCGUCUCUCACUCCUCAUGCGGUCUUACGUGCACGAAAUCCAAGAGGCCCUUCACCCGUCCUGGCCGGAUGGUAUUCCCAAGCAACUUGCCGGAUAUAUCACAGACGAGACUCAUGUGAAGGACAGCGAGAAUGCAAUCAUGCGCCCAAAGACGAACGGUAUCCACGAUCCCAGCACCCGCGUAGCCCUGGAGGAGGAAAUCAGAGCCGCCAACAAGACCGGGGAGUUCUACGUCUCGCGGGGGCAGCAGCUCUUGAACUUCCUCCAGCAAGGCACGACGUUCUCUCAUCCCGAGUCUCAGGAGUCCCAGGAUGAGACCAUCCAGGCGUAUCUAAACGAGCGACUGGCCAGUGAACAUCUCGGAAAACCAUUGGAGGCGUUCUUAUCUGCCCUAGCGCACAAGAACCCGCUCAUGAAAAUCCUAGACAUCGGCGGCGGCUGGCAGGAUACUGCCCCUUGCGCAGAAAUUCUAUCCAAAUCUGGUCAGGCCCUGUGGGCUCAGUAUGACUACACUGAACGAGGCCCGGAAGACCUGAAGAGGGCCGAGGAACGGCUCUCGGGUUUGUCUGACCGCGUCCAGUUCCAGGUCCUGGAUAUCGAAAACGAUCCUGUCGACCAGGGAUUUGACGAUGGCUCCUAUGACAUUGUUGUUGCGACUUCACUUCUUCACUCGACACCCGAUCUCAGUAACGCACUUCGAAAUAUCCGAAGACUUCUCAAGCCAGGCGGUCAUCUCAUCCUCUUCGGCGUCAUCGCAUCACCUCAAUUGAGAACCGUUCUCGCAACAACUCUGCUCUCUACAUGGGGCCGAGCCCCCAACUCCGGUCGUCCAUUGGGUGGGUCCUACUCUAAGGAUAGUCUACAUCGACAUUUGACGGAAAACGCCUACAACGGUCUCGACUUCAUUAUAACCGGUUCUUCUGAGCACUGCGAUACGAGUUUCGUCGUUGCGUCGGCGAACGAUGCAACACCGCGCCCUAAAGAAGAGGUUCCUUCGCGCCUGGCUAUCCUCACGGACGGAGUCACCUCCUCGCAACAGAUUUUCGCUGCGCGAUUGAAGAUGCACAUUGAGACGACAGCGGAGGGGGUCCAAGUCGAUAUCUACACGUUCUCCGAGUUCGUGUCCACCGCCGACGCGCACGGCCGGUUCUGCAUCUCGCUACUCGAAUACGAACAGCCUUUUUUCGCAGACAUCGGAUCCGAGGACUUUGAUCGGUUGAAAACAGCACUAUCGAUCACGGACGCGAUCCUGUGGGUAACCAGGGACGCGAAACGGUCUGAUAGUCCGGAGUAUCAUCUGGUGGACGGGUUCUCGCGCUCGCUGCGCUCGGAGAACGGCACGCUGAAGUUCGUGCGAUUAGCCCUAGACGGCAGCUUGAGCAAGAGGGUCGAUGAUGGACUGGGCUCGGUGAUGACGGUUCUUCGGCAGGCGAAUAGUUCGGCGCUGGAUGAGAUGGAGUUCGAGUAUGAGGAGAGAGACGGAUUCCUGCAGAUCCCUCGGGUGGUGCAGACUCCGGAUAUGAACAAGAUCCACGAGGCCAAGAUCACGCCGUUCCAGGAACAGGAGGUCCAGGUGGGUAAUAUGCCUCUGACGGCGGUGAUAAAGACACCGGGCAUUAUUAAUAGUAUUGGGUAUGAGGAAACUGGGGAUUCCGAUGCAGAUGGAUCUUUGGAGGCGGAUGAGAUUCUGAUCGAGGUCCAAGCUGUUGGCGUCUGCGUUGAAGACUACAACAUCGCCUUGGGGCGGAAUAGCGACGAAGCUAUCUUCUCCGAGUGCGCUGGUAUUGUCAGGCAGGUAGGGUCGCACAGCGGGUUUACCGUCGGGGACAAGGUCUUUGCGAGAACUCCCGGUGCUUGCACUACGGGACUGAAAUGCAAGGCAUCCUGUGCUGCGCGUCUGCCGGCGGGAUCUGUGUCCUUCCUUGAGGCUGCAGCCCUUCCCACGGCCGGUGUGACGGCGCUUCAUGCGUUGACCGGCGUGGCUAAUCUCUCCGGCGGCGAGACCGUCCUCGUGCAUCACGCAGCCAGCUCUGUCGGACAGAUCGCGGUGCAGAUUGCCCAGCAUCUUGGGGCAAGGGUAAUUGCUACGGUCGACUCGGAGGACGAAUCUACGCUGUUGCGGGAAACCUACCAGAUCGAAGCCAAUUGUGUACUUGCCAGGCAUGAUCCCGAACUUCCCCAGCGAAUUGCGACCCUGACUUCGCGCGGUGUCGACGUUGCGCUUAACUUCGAGCAAGGUGAUGAUCUUGAUCACUGCAUCGAGGCCCUGGCGCCAUUCGGCCGACUCGUCAAUGUCGGAUUGGCGCGCAGUAUGCCAUCAGACCAUUUGGUCGAAGAGAUGGCCACGAAAUGCCUCACCAAUUCAACAUUCAAUCUUUCCAGCUUACAGCGCCAUCGUCCGUUGCUGGUCCGAAAACAUCUUGAGAGCCUUGCGUCCUUGAUCUCUAGCGGAGCCGUCAAAGGAGCAGCUCCCCCGCUGGCUUUCCCUGCAGCUCAACUCGACCAGGCCCUGCAGCAAUUCCAGAAGGGGCAGCAGAACAUGGGCAAGGUUGUCCUUGAUCUGCGUCCGAAGCAGACUGUAACUGCUCGUGUCCGAAACCGCCCAUCCUACACCUUUGACGCCAACGCAACCUACGUGAUAGCAGGAGGCUUCGGUGGUCUUGGCCGCAACGUCUGUCGCUGGAUGGUCAGCAGAGGCGCGCGAAAUCUGAUGAUCUUCUCACGCUCCGGCGUUCGGACGCAGUCAUCCAGACAACUCAUCGAAGAGCUCACGGCCUCGGGCGCCUCCGUCCAAGCCCCAGUCUGCGACAUCACGCAGGCUGAAGACCUCCAGCGAGUCCUGGCGCAGUACGGCCCGAAUAUGCCACGUAUUCGUGGCUGCAUCCAAUGCACCAUGGUGUUACGGGACGCCAUCUUCACGAACAUGACCCACUCCGACUUCAUCACCGGCACGCACCCCAAAACCCACGGCUCUUGGAAUCUCCACGCCCAGCUCCCCUCAGGCAUGGACUUCUUCAUCCUCUUCUCCUCCGUCGGCGGCAUCCUCGGCGCGACCAGCCAAGCGAACUACUGUGCCGGCAACACGUACAAAGACGCGCUCGCGCGCUACCGCACGCGACUCGGCGAGAAGGCCAUCUCCAUCGACCUCGGCAUGAUGGUGUCGGAAGGCGUAGUUGCCGAGACAGACGGCAUGCUUGACUCGCUGCGUCGACUCGGCUACUUCAAGGACGUCAGCCCGACGGACCUCCUCGCUCUUCUGGACCAUUACUGCGACCCGACUCGACCGAUACCAUCACCACACUCAGACGAGGCGCAGAUCGUCGUGGGGAUCGAGAACCCAGCCGGCAUGGCGCGCAAGGGCCUCGAAGUGCCGCACUGGAUGUCACGGCCGUUUUUCAAACACUUCCAGCUCAUUCAAGCGGCUGGGCAAUCGUCAGGAGGCGGCAGCGGGAAGACCACGCAGCAGCAACCUGAUGUGCAAAGCAUCUUACAACAAAGCCCCUCGGUCGAGGAAGCCGGCGCCCACAUCGCAGAAUGGUUGGUCAAGAAACUUUCGCAGAUCCUGGGCAUCCCUGUGGCGGAGAUUAGCCCGCAUAAACCGAUCCAUGUGAAUGGGAUCAAUUCGUUAGUGGCGGUGGAGUUGCGGAAUUGGUUUGAGAAGAGGAUGGGGGCGGAUAUUGCGGUGUUUGAGAUUCUGGGGAGUAUGGCUAUUACGCAGUUGAGUUUGUAUGCGGCGGAGAAGACCAGGUUUAGGCAGGGAGUUUAG